AUUAAUGAACUGGGGCGGAUGGGCGGUACCUGUCUCUCGGCGGGACGACUAAUUACAUCGCGGCCCGUAAUUACCUCAUUAGUAAAUAAUACAGCUACGUCGUAUUCAGAAUCACUGCCCGAUGUCUUACUUCAUUUAAUAAUCGCCUUGGUCUUUCCCCGCUCGUAAUGAGAACGUGGACGCGCCAUAAAAGCGCGACGCUUGCCGGCGCCUGUGUGGUUUCACUCCUGCGCACACUGCGAUGCUGCGGGUUCUGCCGGCUGCCCCCCAUGGCAGCGAAUGGACCCCCGCCCUCCCUCCUCACCCGCAUCGCACGCGCAACCCAUGACGUCUACUGCGGCUUCGCGCUUGCGGUAACCACGACGUAUCUGAUCCAAGAGCUCAUCUACGCUUAUCUGGAGCGCGGCGACAUGGAUACGCUGGCGCGUGUAAUGUUCCUCCUACUCUGUCAUGUGACGUCUAUUGCCAAGCAAAUCAUCUUCAUGGCGCGUGCAUCUCGCAUCGCCAAGCUCGUACAAGACCUUGAUGAUAUGGCAUAUAAUCCGAAAGAGACGACAAGAAAAAAUCUCCUUAUAGAAAGAGCUCAAGGAGCGUCGCGGCUUGGAACGGCUUACGCAGGAACUGCAGCGGUAACCUGUCUCUUAUGGACUAUUUUCCCAUUACUAGCGCGCUUGGGCGGCGCGCGCGUUACUUUCGCUUUAUGGGUACCCUUUGACUGUUACUCCUGGCUUGAGUUCCUUUUUAUUCUCCUGUACACGCAUUACGUCAACUCGUUGGUUGGAAUUGCGAAUACCACUAUGGACACCUUCAUAGCCACCAUACUCGGACAGUGCAAGACGCAGCUUACCAUACUAAAAAUGGACUUUGAGUCGUUGGCAGAGAGGGCAAAUGAAAGGGCACGUCAAACUGGAGAGCAAGUAGGCGUUGCGGCGGCAGCACUCCUCGUCCACUGUAUUAAGCACCACCAUAAGAUUUGCGACACGUCGCGAGAGGUGCAAGCGAUAUUUGGCGGAGCAGUGUUGCUACAGUUUGGUAUUGGCGGUUGGAUUCUCUGUAUGGCGGCUUAUAAAAUUGUAGGCCUUAAUGUGGCCUCUCUGGAAUUUGUGUCAAUGGUGAUGUUCCUAAUGUGCAUUCUUACCGAGCUCUUUCUUUACUGCUAUUAUGGCAACGAAGUUGCUGUAGAGAGUGCACAAGUGAGUGAUGCGGUAUACAGGAUGGAAUGGGUGGGGCCAGAUGGGGUCGGAAAAGAAGUACGGCGCGCCUUGCCCUUUGUCAUAUGUUGCAGCGCCGGUGCCGCUCGUCGCCCUCUGCGGCCCGCUGCGGUCUUCAUCCCGCUUUCGCUUGAGACUUUCGUCACGAUUAUCAAGUCGUCGUACACAUUCUACGCGAUGCUGCGACAGACCCAGCGUUGAUGUCACUGUGUGUGGAAAAACCGUCAUCAAAGAAUCACUUUAUUACUUA